CUCCCGGCGCCUCUGCGCCCCUCCCGCCGCUCGCUCUCGCCUCCUCUUUCUCGCCGCGGAGUUGAACCCUGGCAGUGGCAUGGGUGAGACGCCAGCAACAGAUGCCGGCCGCCAAGAUUUGCCUUAGGCGUCGCUGAUCGCCCGAAGAGAGAAGGGCUGGAAAGGAGGGGACGGGAGGCGCGGAGAAUCCCCCCAAAAGGCAAAGACCCCCUCCCCCGGCCGAGCGCCUGCCUGCCGCCGCCGGCGCCCACCUCUCCCAGCCAUGCCAGGCCCGGCUGCCGGCGCGGGGAAGGUCCCCUUCUGCGACGCCAAGGAGGAAAUCCGCGCCGGGCUCGACAGCUCGGAGGGCGGCGGCGGCCAGCAGAGGCCGGGCACGCGCGGGCAGAGGCAGAACAUCGUCUGGAGGAAUGUCGUCCUGAUGAGCCUGCUCCACUUGGGGGCCGUGUACUCCCUGGUGCUCAUCCCCAAAGCCAAGCCGCUCACUCUGCUCUGGGCCUACUUCUGUUUCCUCCUGACCGCUCUGGGUGUGACAGCUGGUGCCCAUCGCUUGUGGAGCCACAGGUCCUACAAGGCCAAGCUGCCUCUGAGGAUAUUUCUGGCUGCCGCCAACUCCAUGGCUUUCCAGAAUGACAUCUUUGAGUGGUCCAGGGACCACCGGGUCCACCACAAGUACUCUGAGACGGACGCGGACCCUCACAACGCCCGCCGGGGCUUCUUCUUCUCCCACAUCGGGUGGCUGUUUGUUCGCAAGCACCGAGAUGUCAUCGAGAAGGGGAGAAAGCUUGACGUCACUGACCUGCUUGCUGACCCCGUGGUCCGGUUCCAGAGAAACUAUUUUUUGUUAUCGUUGGCAUUAUUAUGCUUUGCAUCUCCAUCCUUGGUGCCAUCCUGGAUCUGGGGUGAGAGCCUGUGGAACUCCUACUUCCUGGCGUCCAUCCUUCGCUAUACCAUCUCCCUCAACGUCACCUGGCUGGUCAACAGCGCCGCCCACAUGUAUGGAAACCGGCCCUAUGACAAGCACAUCAGCCCCCGGCAGAACCCGCUCGUCACUCUGGGCGCCAUUGGUGAAGGCUUCCACAAUUACCACCAUACCUUUCCCUUUGACUACUCUGCAAGUGAAUUUGGCUUAAAUUUCAACCCAACCACCUGGUUCAUUGACUUCAUGUGCUGGCUGGGACUGGCCACUGACCGCAAACGGGCCACCAAGCCGAUGAUCGAGGCCCGGAAAGCCAGGACUGGGGAUGGCAGCGCUUGA